AUGACUAACUCUCCCCCUCUUUCGCCUUCUGCAUCCCGUAAGAAUCAAAAUGCGAAUCAAGGCUCAGGCGCACCUACAGCCAGGUCGCUGAAGGAGGAGGGGGAGGAGGAUGAACCCGAAAUUCGACUCAUCGACCCCGUAGAUGUGUCCGCUGCUCUACGACGCUUUGCCACCGACUUUUGCGCCGGAAAGGGUCCACUCAACAAGCCUAUGACGGCUAUGAGACCCGACCAGGCAGAGGGUAACGAAGCAGAUGAGGCGAAGAACGAAGCUAGAGUUUCGAGGCCAGCGAGGGACGAUCAGCUCAGCGAGGAAGACCGUCAAUACUGGAUGAAAUACGUGUACGUCUACGCAUUCCUGAAUUCACCAGCUAACUAA